AUGCGUCAAAAGAAACAAAAAUAUGUUUUUUUCACAUAAAAUAAAAAGUAUACUCUGCUGUUUUUUUAACUGAACUGAAAAAAUAAUAAAGAUUAGCCACACAAUCUUGUAAGAGAACUCAACAACAACAGACUGUGCCAUUUAAUAUUCAAUAUUUCUCAAGACAUGAUAAUAUAAAAAACAAAACAAAAAAAAUGGAAGAAAACAACUCCACCCCAAGUGAAUCAAAUAAUAGUGCCUUGUGCCAUCCUCAAUCAAACCAAUCACAACAGAAAAAGGACACCACCAGCACCACACCUCGGCCAUUCCCCUCAUCAAAAUGGGUCAAAUUAAAUGUCGGUGGCAAAACAUUCAUCACAACACUCAGCACUUUAAUAAACAAGGAGCCCGACUCGAUGUUAUCGCGAAUGUUUUCCCAAGACGGCGCCAUGAACCCCAGCGACCUUGAUGAACACGGUGCUUAUCUGAUAGACCGCAGUCCACAUUACUUUGAACCCAUAAUGAAUUAUCUGCGACACGGUCAGCUUAUUUACGACUCAAAUUUAAAUGUCGAAGGUAUUUUGGAAGAGGCAAGGUUCUUUGGUGUUUACUCACUAAUUCCUCAGUUGGAAGCGCAAUUGAAUGUUGCAAAUGAAUCGUUAGAUGAUGUGCCAUUAACGAGAAGGGAUGUCAUCAAAGCUCUUAUUCAGACAUCACACAUAUCAGAGAUUCGUUUCCAAGGUGUGAAUCUAGCUGGAGCCGAUUUGCGCAAGCUGGACUUUAGAAAUAUCAAUUUUAAGUACGCGUGCCUACAACGAUGCAACUUAUCCCAUGCCAAUCUAACAUACUGUUGCCUCGAACGAACUGACUUGGCCUAUGCAAAUCUGGAGUGCUCCCAAUUGGUGUCCGUGAAAGGUUUGUGCGCCAACAUGGAAGGUGCGAAUCUCCGUGGUUGUAAUUUUGAAGAUCCCACGGGUGUUCGCACCAACCUCGAAGGCGUUAAUUUAAAAGGCGCCUGCCUAGAAGGUAGUAAUAUGGCCGGAGUAAAUUUACGCGUUGCAAAUCUGAAAAACGCCAACAUGAAGAAUUGUAAUUUGCGAGCUGCUGUGCUGGCGGGCGCCGAUUUGGAACGCUGCAAUUUAUCCGGCAGCGACCUGCAAGAGGCCAAUUUGAGAGGCGCCAACCUUAAGGAUGCCGAAUUGGAAUUAAUGGUCACUCCACUGCAUAUGGCCCAGGCAAUUCGUUAAAUAUUUAUACAAACAGAAAACUAUAAAACAAUUACAUAUAUAAGAAAGAAACCGCAAUGGCCGAUGAUCCAAUUUUAUUAAAAAAAAUACAUAAGUUGGCGAGAGACUGCUACUGUUAUUGUUGCUGCACAUCACCUGUGAUUCCAGAUUAAUAUCCUAUUUUAUGAGACUACCCGUCCUUUUGUUUGUUUUCGUUUUUUUUUUUUUUAAUAUUUUUGAUUUACAAUUUAUUUUUUUUUAGUUUGGACUCAAAAUUGCAUGAUUGUCUUCAGAGUUUACUUAAUUUUUAUCUUAGCGCCAAGCUUUUCAUGCCUUAAUAAUGUUUUAUUUUUAAAAUUUUUUUUUUAAAUAUAAGUUAUAGUUUAUUUUUUUGUAAUAUUAAGUUAAAAAUAUUAUUUUCGUGCAUUUUUUUACAAAAUCAUAAUCAAAUAAAUGCAAAACUAGAGUAA